AAAAACAGAAAUCUAGCAACAACAAAAGGCCGCAAACUGCUGUCGUGUUUUUGUAUAUGUUAAAAAAAGGAAAUUAACAAUGAACAUGUAGUAAACUAAGUCAUAAUUACAAAACCAUUACAGUAAUACCAUGGAAAGUGAUCCUCCUGUGCCCGUUGAAAAACCAGCUGGUUGCAAAUGUAGUAAAAGACUAACUAUUGGUAUUGUUGCUUUGCUACUUCUGUUGAUUGGCAUAGCUGGGGUGACAGUCACAUGUUUUGUCUUGGAACAAAAAGUAUUACAGUACAGACAUCAUUAUGGUGUGAUAUUUGAUGCUGGGUCAUCUCAUACAGAUGUUACUGUCUACAGAUGGCCGAGCCAAUAUAAAGAUCAUGGUACUGCGCACACUGAGCAGAUUACAUUUGAGAAAUGUGCAGAUUCUGGAAUAUCUAGUUUUGAAAAAGAUCCUGACAAGGCUGGUGACAUGAUUAGAAAAUGCAUUGAAAAGAUUGUUUUAAAAUCUAUGCCUCAUAAGGAUGUUAAGAAAACAGGAAUUUAUGUUGGUGCAACAGCUGGCAUGAGACUUCUAUGUGAAAGAAGCCGUUCCACAUGCGAUAAAAUUAUGGAAUCAAUUCGGCAUGCUUUAAAUAGUUUCAAAUUUCGUCAAACUAAGAAUCGUGUCAGAGUACUUGAUGGGAAAGAAGAAGCCUCGUUUGGUUGGAUCACAGCAAAUUUGUUAAAUUCUUCUUUAAGUAAUAAAGUGCCUGCAAAAAACAACACAAAACUGAUUGGUGCAUUAGACAUGGGUGGAGCAUCUAUGGAAGUAGCUUUUGUUCCUGACAAUGCAUCAUCCAUACCAGAAAAUUACACUUCAGAUUUCAUAUUGUAUGGAGUUAAUUACACCUUGUAUACACACAGUUAUCUAUGUUACGGUUUGAAAGAAGCACAAAGAAAAGUACUGGCAGAUCUUGUAGAGAGAAGCAACUAUACAAAGAACAUUUCCAACCCUUGUUGGUUAAAUGGAUACAACGAAUCUGUCACUCCAGCCGCGUUAUGGUUAGCACCAUGCAGCAUUAAACCAAAGUCUGUGAUAUUUCCCAUGAGUAAUAAAACAAAGUUCACCUUCAUUGGUUCUGGGUCUCCUAAAGAGUGCACGGAUGUUGUGCAGAGAUUAUUUAACAAAACAGACUGUCAAUACUCGAAUUGUACGUUUGAUGGUGUGUACCAGCCACCUAUUGAAGGCCAUAACUUCAUGGCGUACAGUGGCUUUGGGCACAUCGGAACCUUUUUGAACGUUUCUGAAGGAGAACCCAUUUUGGAUCUGAGAGAUCGGGGUGAAGCUUUCUGUAGAAAGGGUUGGCAGGAGGUGGUGAACCAAACAGGAGGAAAGGUUGAGAAGAAGUUUCUUCGCAGUUACUGUUUCAAUGCUUUGUAUUCAUACGAACUUCUAACAACUGGUUUGCAUUUCAAACCUGAUUCAGAUCGUGUUCACAUUGCAAGAAACAUCAACGGUACAGAAGUGAGCUGGUCGUUAGGUUUCAUGGUGAAUGCAACGAACGCAAUUCCUACCGAAGCUCCAACAUAUCGUUUAAGUGCACAAGAAUUCAUCAGCAUUUUGACUGUUUGUAGUGUGAUCACGCUUGUUGGGUUGGCUAUGCUGACACUUUGCUUGCUAAAGAAAAGGCUGGAAAAAAAUACGAAGUACAAAUAUAAACUGGUCAAUUAAAAAUGAGAAAGAAAUAUUUAUAGCAUUUUUUUAAUGUUUUUAGACAAAAAAAUAAAAAAAUUUAAAGAUAAGAGCCUUUCGCAGUGGUUCACUAGUUUUGUAAGCUAUGGUAGGGUAACUAUUCUUCAUCAUUCUUCUUUGAAGAAUUUUACCCUAUUUUUUUGCCGCCGAUUUAUUAAACGUUUUAGUUAGGUGGGUUAGUUUUCGCAUGUAUUAAUUUUGCGCGAAUUCAACUGUUUUUACGAAAUCGAAUCUGCUAAAUUUGCUGUACUAAAUUCGCGCGAAAAAUCUGUUUUAGCAGAUUGAAUAACGAUAAGUUGGUUUUAUGUGAUUUCUUCGUAAGAAUGUAGAAAGUUAAGAAAAUGGAUUAUUCAACAUUUGGCCAUCCGCAAAAUAUGUGAGAAAUCUAAAACUGUUGCCCACGAAGUUUUAUCUACUCAAAAAUUAACCCGCCAAAGGUAAAUUGUUUUUGUGUUAAUUUUACAGUGAACUUCAGACAUAUCAAAGCCCCAAGUAAAAAAAAACCUCGUAAAAUAAGAAAAAGGAGCAGCAUUUAGUUCGUGAAAUCGAGAUGUAUGUUAUAUCGAAGGCUCACUGUACAAAAGAAUCUCACUCAAAACUUUUUGUAGAAAAAUCAUUUGCAGCUUUUGUGUCACUUUUGCUUGAUUGAAAAUAAAAUGUAAAGGAUCGUAGCUUUUUAGUUCUCUUACAAAUGUUGUAUAUAUAAUUCUUAAAUUAGCGAUAAAAUAUUAAAUAAUGAAUUAGCAAAUAUUUGCAUAUAUUUAGAUAAUUUAGAUUAGUGACGAAAAAAAUUCUUUGGUUUUAUUCGUAA